AUGUGUAUUUCCUCCCUUUCAGAAUAUAAAAGCACAGAAGCAGAGGCUCAAGUUCCAUCAGCAAACAUGUCAGCUGCGCAGAUGUCCCCAGAAUGUCACACUAAUGCUACCAAAGUGUCUGUACAGAUGGACACCUGCGUUGUUCUCUCCUGCUUACAUUACUCAUCAAAGGAAUUUGUAAUGGCCACAUGGACCAAAUUCUCCAGAGACAAAGCUUCCUGUAUCAUAGCUUACAGAAAAGACAAGACUACCACCAAUGAAACAAACUGCUCUGGUACUAGAAUAACCUGGGAAUCUGAACCUGAGAGGAACUUCAGCCUUCAGAUAGAGCCAGUGACUAUUCAUCAUGAGGGAUAUUAUCAAUGUGACCUUGUAACACCUGAUGGGAAUUUUCAAUCUUGCUAUAACCUCAGUGUGUUAGUGCCUCCUCCUGUAAUAAACCUGUCUCAGGAGGAAAAUGGGACCGUUGUAUGCAAGGCUGCAGCUGGGAAGCCGGCUGCCCAGAUCUCCUGGGACCCAGAAGGAGUCUGUUUCACUGUGAAGGAAACUCAUCAUAACAGGACAGUGACUGUGAAAAGCAUUUGUACCCGGGAUAGCUUCAAUGCAUCCAAUGUCAACUGCUUCAUUUCCCAUUUGACUGGGAAUAGGACUCUGUCCAUAAACUUUCAAGUCCAUAGUAAGUAGCAUUUCUCUCUUACACUGUGUUUGGUUCACUAUUCACUCUUACAGAGAAAUAAUAUUAGGAGAGAAAAGUGGUAUUCUAAGAGUACAGUUAAAGGUAUCUCAAUAUCAAAUGAAAAAUGAGUAAACAGAGAACAAAAAUUGUACAAUAAAUGGAAUGAAUCUUUUCUUCUUUUUUCAUUCCUCUGCCAAUGAUGGUUGGUUUUAUCUUCUAUGUAUUCUCCUUUUACAGGUAAAUGAAAAGGAACUCAUUUAACCAGGGUGAGGGAAAAACCUAUUUGCUUGAUUUAACUAAAGGAGUAGUAAAUUGAAAAUUGAAGGUGACAUGUAGUACUGCCCACUUAAAACAAUUAGCCUUGAUACUAUAGAGAGCAACAGUUGUGACUUGAGAAGAACACAAAAGAGAGUAAUCUGGAAAGUGGGCAAAAAUUACAUUCAUACCCUCAUGCUAAUGUUUUAGAUAAUAUAGAAACUUCAAUUAAAAGCAGGUAAAUAUGAACUCUUGGUAUUACUAAAAUGUUAUUGGUUGUUACUCAUGAAUGAAAUAGAUCAAUGGAAGAAUAUGUGUGUGUACACAUACACACAUAUACAUAAUAAAGAAAUCAUUAAAUAAUCACAUACUAACUAUAUACUAUAUGCCAGAUACUGUUAUAGGAACUAGAAAUAUAAAAACAAGGUGAAACUAUCCCUAUCCUCAAAGAACUUACAUUGUGAAGGAAGAAUGGAAUGUGCAUAUAUCACUAUAUUAAAAACCAAUAUAAAACAAAUAUUAAAGGAGAAAAGGGAACAGCAAAAAGGGCCUCUUACAGAAGGUAGAUUAUGAGCAAAGUCUUGAAUAAAGUCUUGCCUCCAAGAGGCAGAAGUGAAGAGUGAAAGCAUUCCAGACAGGCAGGAUAGUCAGUGUUUAGACACUGAGAGAAGAUAUGAAAUCUCAUGGCUGAAGAGCCACAGCAAAUAACUAAGUCUGGCCUUUGAGUAUAUAGAGGGGAGUAAUGUACAAGAAAGCUGGAUAAAUAGAAUUGGGCUAGGCUAUGAAAGCUUUAAAUGGCAAACAGAUGAGUUUACAUUUGAUCCCAGAAGUAAUGAGGAAUUACUGGAUCCUAUUGGAGAGGCUAACAUGAUCAGAUCUUCACUUUAGUAAAAUAAUUUUGGUAGUUGUAUAGAGGGUUCAGGAAGAGGGAGAAGGUUGAAUCAGACUAAUUAGGAGACUAUUUCAAAAGUCUAAGCAAGAGCUAUGAUGGUCUGAAUUAGAGCACUGGCUUUGUAACUUAGAAGGAUGGAAGAGAGGCUGUGUAGAUAGGAACAAGAUUUGACAGUAGAUUGCUUAUAUGGAGUAAAUCAGGGUGAGCAUUUGAAGAUGACAGAUUAGUUGGAAGGCACAGAAGUGCUGCAUUCUCAAUAAACAACUCUAUGGAAAACAUUUGGGUGGAGAUCAAUAGGGAGGAAUAAACAAAAUCAGUAUCAUGGAGGGAGUGUGCUAUAGACCACCCAGUUAGAUAUAGGAAAUGGCUGAUCAUUAUCUUUUGUAGAUCACUGUCACAGAGACUAUAGAGAUAGUCUUCUAUAUAUGUAGACAUUGUAUGAAGGUUCUUUCCUGCUAAAAACAAAGCAGCCAGUGCAUUCUUAGAUUGUUCUGCUUAUGAUUUCCUUUCAAAAGCUAUAGAGAUCAACAAAGGGAACAAUUAUUAAGACCAAUAUAGAAGAAUUUCUAGAAAUUAAGGAUCAUUCAAGAAAUUGCUCCUCUCUACAGCUUAAUUCUCACACAGGUCACUUUUCAUUGAAAGAGGUUCUCUCUUCUUUGCAAGUCUACAUCUGCUGUAUGUAGUGUCACCUAAUGGUUAUUAUUUCUGUUGAAAUAGCUUAACAUGUGGGAAGGAGAGGAAGAAUUUCUCUUUCCUAUAAUUCCUUUUUCCUCCUUCCACCUCUUGUUUCUCUCUGCAUAUUCUUCCAUGGCUCAUUAUUAUAGAGAAAAUUAUAACUUGCCUUUCUAAUUCUAUCAGGAAGAACUCCCUUAUAGUAAAGUUAAUAAUAUAUGGACAUAUCUGUGCACUUUCCUUAAUGCCUUAAGCUCUCAUUACCUGAUUUAUAAAUUGCUGUCCCACUCCCAUACUUUAGGAUUUUUUUUAAUGAAUAUAUAACUUUACAAACCUGGAAGUUAGAUCAGAAGUAGGUAUAACCUCAAACAGGAUGCUAUGAGAGGAACUGCUCCAGAAAAAUCUUUCUGUUUCUCUUUUGUUUUUAUGUGUAAUUACUAAGUCAUUGUACAAGAAAAUACUAAGAUUGUCCUCUCCUGCCUUACCAAUUCAAUAAAAAAUCUUGCAAUGGCAACAUGGAACAUACUCCUCAGAGUCAAAACUUUCAAAAUCUUCUCAAAGGAAGAAAAUAUUGGGGAAAGGCAAAAAUUAAAAUAAGGAAUGUAGAAAUCAUAAUUUGAAGAUAUUCUUAAACAAUUGAAUUAUGGAUGAAAAGUGGAAACAAAAAUGGCAAUAUUAUAAGAUGUCUUCCAAAUCCAUUUACAAUACCUAGAUAAUUAUAUCAUUUCAUCCUAUGAUAUUAUCUUCUCUUUCUAUUUUUUACAAUUACAUUGAAGGAAAAAAAAGUAAAGUCAAGAUGUUGGAGUAAAGGCAGCUAUCCAGAUGAAUUCUCCCUAAAUCCCCCUCCAAACAGCCUUAAAAUAAUAUCAAAUUCAAUUAUAAGGUAGCAUAGUCAACAAAAUGUCAGGAUGAGAUAUUUCUCCAGUCAAGACAACUUAGAAAUGCUGAAAGAGAGGUCCAAGACACCAAGAGAGGGGCUAGCCUAGAAUAUUCAUAGCAGAAGCACUAAUGGUGGCUGGGACAGCAGCUUAAGACACUGGGGACUGAACAAAUGGUCAGGAAGAGAUUACAGGGGAUGGAGAGCAAGACUAGGCACUAUUUGGCAACUUCAUUGGCCAUUCUUAGUUGCAUUUCCAGUGCAGAGAGAAGUAAUUGUGACUGCAGGGGAGCCAAGGUCCUUCUGGGAUACAGGGAAGGAAAGUAGUAAUUACACCUCUUCUUGAAUCACAUCACCUUGAAAGUACUUAAUACUUACACUCCCCUACUACUAGUUAUGAAAACAACAAAUAGAAAAAGCCACACAAAAAAAAAAAAAAAUGAAAAAGCCUGAAUGCUGGGAUGCUUCUGCAGUGCCAAGUGAAAAGAGUCUAACUUUAACAUAAAAUUCAAUAUCAAGAAGUUGACUUUAAAAAAUGAACAUGCAUCAAAACAAAAAAGAAUCUGAGCAUUGAAAGCUAGUAUUGUAAGAAGGAGAAUAAGACAGAGUGUAAAAACAACUAAAAGAAGGCUUCAGAGAAAAAUGCAAGUUGGACAGGAACCCAGCAAAACUUCCUGCAAUAGCAAAAGAAAUAGAUGAGUUGUAGAGAAAAAACUGGGAAAAGAAAUGAGAGUGAUGGAAGAAAAUUAUGAAAAGAGAAUUAACAAUAAAAAGGUGCAAAAAAUAUGGCAAAGAACACCUUAAAAAUAGAAUUGGUUUAAUGCCAAUGUAGACACCAAAAUUCCUUAAAAAAAAAAAAAAAAAAAACCUGUACAAAAAGAUAGAACAAAGCAACUCAUUUAAGAAUUCAAAUGUAAAAUACAAAAAAAAAAAAAAAAGUAACAGAAGAAAAUAAUUCACUAAAAAUUAGAAAUGAAGAAAUGGAAAUGAAUGACUCAAUGAGACAUCAAGAAUCAGUCAAACGAAAGCCAAAAAAAGAAAGAAAGAAAGAAAAAGUAGAAGAAAAUGUAAAACACCUCAUUGGAAAAAGAACUGACUGGAAAAUAGAUCUAGAAGAGACAAUCUAAGGAUUAUUGACCAUGAUGAAAAAAGAGCUUAGAUAUUGUCUUUCAGAAAAUCAUCAAGAACAACUGCCCUGAUGUCCUAAAAUCAGAAGGUAAAAUAGCCAUUGAAAUAAUUCAAAGAUCAUCUCCUGAAAGAAAACCCCAAAUGAAAACUCCAAGGAAUAUUAUAGCUAAAUUUCAGAAUUAGCAAACCAAGGAACAAAUAUUGCAAGCAGCCAGGAAAAAAAAAAUCCAGCAUCCAGCAGCUUCCACCUUAAAGGAUCAAAGGGCCUGUCUCUGAUAUUCCAAAAGGCAAAGGAACUUGGAAUGCAACCAGAAAUAAACUAUCCAGCUAAAUUGAGCAUUAUCUUUCAGGGAAGGUGAUGGACAUUUAAUGAUAUAGGUGAAUUUUAUUUAUUUCUGAUGAAAAGACCGGAGCUGAACAAAAAAAUUGACCUCCAAAUAAAGAACUCAAAGAGAAGCAUAAAAAAGUAAAAAGAAAAAAACUCUUCAGAACUAUAUCUCUGUUAUGUGUAUACAUAUAGAGUACAGGUAUAAUUUGAUUUUACAGUGAUAAUAUUUAAAAAAGAAACUAGAGGUGAAAAGGGAAUUGUACUGGAAAAAGAGGAAAAUGGAGCUAAAAUGGGGGAAAUUACAUCUCAUUAAGUAGCAAAGAAAAUCUAAUAUAAUUGAAGGAAAGAAGGGAGGGGGAUGAACAUUGAAUCUUACUCUAGUCAAUUUGGCUCAAAGAGAAUAUUAGAUACCUUUGGUUUCAUAGAGAAAUUUGAGUCACUUUAUAGGGAAGUGGAAGGGGAAAGGGGAAAGGAAACAAGGAGGCUAAUAGAAAGGAAAAUAAAAACAGUAGGGGAAAGGUAUAAGAAAAAAAGAGGGGCUGUAAAGAGGAAGGGCUGUUUGAGCAAAGGAAUGAUCAGAAACAAAAUACUGGGGAGGAAGGAAAGGGGAAAGGAAAGAGAAAAGCAUACUUUGGGGUAAAUACUAUGGCUGGAAAUAUAGAAUUAGUCAUUUUAACUAUGAAUGUGAAUGAGAUGAACUUUCCCAUGAAAUAGAAACAGAUAGCAGACUGGAUGAAAAGCCUGAGUCCUACAAUAUGUUGUUUACAAUAAACAUAUUUAAAGCUGAGUAAUACAUUUAGAGUAAAGGUAAAAGACUGGAGCAGAAUUUAUUAUGCUUCAGGUGAAAUAGAGGGGUAGAUAUCCUAAUUUCAGUUCAGGCAAAAGCAAAAAUAUAUCUAAUUAAAAGAGAUGAGGAAGGAAAUUAUAUCUUGCUAAAGGGUACCAUAGAUAAUGAAGUAAUAUCAAUACUUUACAUAUAUGCACCAAGUGGUAUAGCAUCUACAUUCCUAAAGGAGAAGUUUAGAGAAGUAUAAGAAGAAAUAGAUAGCCAAACUAUAAUAGUGAGGAAUCUCAAGCUGGCUCUUACAGAAUAGAUAAAUCAAACCAUAAAAUAGAUAAGAAAGAAGUAGGUAAAUAGAAUUCUAGAAAAAUUAGGUAUGAUAGAUCUUUGGAGAAAAUUGAAUACAGAAAGAAAUACACUUUUUCUCAGUGGUUCAUGGAACCUAUACAAAAACCAAUCAUAUCUUAGGGCAUAAAGACCUCAAAAUCAAAUGCAGAAAGGCAAAAAUAGUAAAUGCAUUUUUUUCAGAUGAUAAUACAAUAAAAAUAACAUGCAGUGCCAGGGGAAAAUAGACUAAAAAUUAGAAACUAAAUAAUCUCAUCCUAAAAAAUGAAUGGAUAAAACAACAAAUCAUAGACACAAUAUAUAAUUUCAUCCAAAGAGAAUGACAAUAAUGAGACAAUAUAUCAAAAUUUGUGGAAUGCAGCUAAAGCAGUAAUAAGAGGAAAUUUUAUAUGUCUAAAUGCUUACUCGCAAAAAAUGGAAAAAGAAAAGAUCAAUGAAUUGGGGUUGCAAUGAAAAAAGCUAGAAAAAGAACAAAUUAAUAACCCCCAAUUAAAUACCAAACUUGAAAUUCUAAAAAUAAAAGGGGAUAUUAAUAAAAUUGAAAGUAAAAAAUACUAUUGAAUUAAUAAAUAAAACUAAGAGUUGGUUUUAUGAAAAAAAAAAUAGAUAAGCUUUCAGUUAAUUUGUUUAGAAAAAGUAAAGAGGACAAUCAAAUUGUUAGUCUCAGAAAUGAAAAGGGAGAACUUUCCACCAACAAAGAGGAAAUUAGAGCAAUAAUUAGGAGUUAUGUUGCCCAACUUUAUGCCAAUAAAUCUAAUAACCUAAGUGAAAUGGGGGAAAACCUACAAAAAUAUACAUUGCCCAGAUUAACAGAAGAGGAAAUAAAUUGCUUAAAUAGUACCAGUUUAGAAAAAGAAAUAGAACAAGCUAUUAAUCAACUCCCUAAGAAAAAAUCUCCAGAGCCAGAUGGAUUAAUAUGUGAAUUCUACCAAAUGUUUAAAAAGCAAUUAACUCCAAUACUAUACAAAUUAUUUGAAAAAAUAGGGAAAGGAGUUCUACAAAAUUCUUUUUAUGACACAAAUAUGGUGCUUUUACCUAAACCAGGGAAGGUGAAAACAGAGAAAGAAAAUUUUAGACCAAUUUCCCUAAUGAAUAUUGAUGCAAAAAUCUUAAAUAAAAUAUUGGGUUUUUUUGUUUUUUAUUGACAGAACCCAUGCCUGGGUAAUUUUUUACAACAUUAUCCCUUGCAAUCACUUCUGUUCCAACUUUUCCCCUCUCUCCCUCCACCCCUUCCCCCAGAUGGCAAGCAGUC